CUCCUGCCGUUCACUUACGCUACAGACCUGUCAACACAACGCUGCGAGUCGCUUGACCUCCCGAAUCAUCGCUUCGUCGUUUACUAGCUUUUAUUGGAGCAUUUCGGAACGGGGUGUCCGUGAAGGAAUCCGUGAGUGAGGCGAGGAGCGGCGGAGGGAGAGGGAAGGCAGGGGACGGCAGAGACAGCCGGCUCUGCUGGACAUUCAGGCGGCCGCAAAACCCCUGCUUUUGCUGCAGACACAUUUCCUGACAGUCCAAACUCAACGAAAGCCCGACCUCUGUCCACAGCUGGAUGUUUGCCUUUCCUUCAGAGCGCACCGCGGAAUGGACGGAGGAGGACUGACACUUGGGGAGCCGUGACGAAACCUCGUUCUGUUGGAAAAGUAGCAUCUGGAAAAAAAAGACCACCGUGCGUUUUUAAAGCAAGGAGCCAAGGAGAGUGACAGCACCAGCAAAAUGUCUGUCCCUAACGUGCUGGCCAAGGCGUUGUAUGACAAUGUGGCAGAGUCUCCAGAUGAACUGUCCUUCCGUAAGGGUGACAUCAUGACAGUGUUGGAGCGUGACACACAGGGUUUGGAUGGCUGGUGGCUCUGCUCCCUUCACGGUCGCCAAGGCAUCGUCCCUGGCAACCGUCUCAAGAUCUUGGUCGGCAUGUACGACAGCAAGCAGCAGCAACAGGCCACGCCUUCUACACCAGAGCCAGCUGCUUCCUGUCCCUCCUCCCAAGCCCAGCGACCUCUCCCCCCUCUAAGCGCCUACGCCAAACCAGCUCCUGCUCCAUCGUCUGCUGCCAUUGCUGCUUCCUCCUCUGGCUUUCCCAAUAAGCCUCUCCCCUCAGCCCAGUACACAUCUAUGCAUCCAGCCUUCUCCACCCCAAGCCCCGCACAGACCAACCCAGACUCUGUCUACAUGAUGCCCCCCUCCCAUGGCCCCAAGCCAAGUCCACAAAGUCUGUACCAGGUCCCCUCUGGCCCGAGCGGACUUCCUCCGGGACCCCCCAGCAAGGCCCCAGCUUUAACCCAGAGACAGUAUCAGCUUCCUGGGCAGGACAUCUACCAGGUACCCCCCUCUGUAGGUCCGGUACCAGGCCAGGGAGCAGCCCCAGCCGGGGGAACAGCAGCUGGACAGGAUGUGUACCAGGUGCCCCCCUCCCUGGAAAAGAGGAACUGGGAGAGCAGCAACAAGCCACUGGGCAAGGUGGUGGUUCCUACUCGAGUGGGACAGGUAUACGUGUAUGACACAGUGAAGCCAGACCAGGACGAGUACGACGUCCCUCCCAGACAUCAGCCUCCGACCCAGCACGACAUUUAUGACGUGCCACCCACCCGCCAGCAGUACAACACACAGGUGUAUGACACUCCUCCCAUGGUGGUGAAGGGACCCUCUAGUGGUCAAGAUAUAUAUGACACCCCAGCAAGCACAGACAAGAACACACAACAGACGGUCUAUGACUUCCCCCCGUCUGUCAGUAAAGACGUCCCUGAUUCCCAGCCAAUUAGAGAGGAGACCUAUGAUGUACCCCCCCACUUUGCCAAGCUCAAGCCAGUCCCCGUCCCUCCUGGCCAGUACCUGCACAACAAUCUCAAUGAUGACGACGAGCCGCCGAUUCCAGAGGAUGUGUAUGACGUCCCACCCCCCAUCCUGACUGACAAGCAUUACCAUGGAGACAGGAGUGGAGUCAGCCAGGCACCCCAGGAGAUCUACGACAUCCCGGCCAGCCUGCGGACUGGAGGGCACCCCACCCAGGAUGUCUACGACUUCCCCCGUGAGCGAGAAGAGAAAGGCGGAGAGAGGGGAGACCACUAUGUCUAUGAUGUCCCACCACAGGUUGUGCGUGAUGCUCAGUCCACCAGUGAGGAGCUCACCUUGUCCUUCAAACGGCUGUCUGCCUCAAGCACAGGAAGCACACGUAGCAACCACUCUGCUUCAUCUUUAGACAUGGUCCCUGUCCGUGACACCUCCUCUUCCUCACUUCCUGCCCCUGGCCCCAUUCCAGGGAAACCCCUUAUCUUGGACCUGGAGCAGGCCAUGGAGCGUCUGUCCCGCCUCCAGCAAGCUGUUGAGUCCAGCGUUUCCCACAUGAUGUCGUUCAUCACAGGUAACUGGAGAAGCCCUGCUCACCUGGAAGGAAACCUGCCGGCCAUUCAUCAAGCUGCGGACCGGGUGCGUUCGGCUGUCCGAGACUUCCUUGAAUUUGCCCGGGGCGCUGUGGCAAACUCCGCCCAGGCCACGGACCGCUCCCUGCAGACCAAGUUGGGUCGUCAGGUGGGGAAGAUGGAGGAGGUCUUCCAGAGUUUGAUUCGACACAGUCAGAGCUUAGACGCCAUUUCCUGGUCACACACUGCGCUCUCGACACCGCCACCAGGAGGGGAUGACUUAGAUCGACUAAUCAUGACGGCGCGAGGCAUCCCUGACGAUGCCAAGCAGCUUGCCUCCUUUCUCCACGGUAACGCCUCGCUGCUCUUCAAACGGACCAACCGGCAGCAGCAGCAGCUGCCACUUCCUCCAAUCCCAGGGGAGAUCAGUGGUCACAUGACAGGAUCAGGAAGUGGGAGCUAUCAGGGAGGGGAGAGGGUGAACAUUCAAUCACGGCCCCUCCCCUCUCCGCCAAAGUUUACAGCUGCAGAGGAAGAGGAAGGUGUGGACAGGCCAUAUGAGACCACAGAGGAAGGCUGGAUGGAGGACUAUGACUACGUACACUUACAGGGAAAGGAAGAGUUUGAGAAGAACCAAAGACAGCUACUGGAGAAAGGCAACAUCAUCAGACACAAGACACAACUGGAACAGCAACAGAUUAAACAGUUUGAGCGGCUAGAGCAGGAAGUCAGCCGGCCAAUCAACAACGACAUUACGGGCUGGGUCCCGUCCCCUCACCACCCUCUUGGCCAGAAUGGCUCUGGAGGCCACUCCUCCAAGCUGUGCCACGGCGACAGGCAUCUCCUCCUCUUCUACCAGGAGCAAUGUGAGCAGAAUGUCACCACGGUGACCAAUGCCAUCGACGCCUUUUUCACCGCCGUCAACUCCAACCAGCCGCCCAAGAUCUUUGUGGCACACAGCAAGUUCGUCAUCCUCAGCGCGCACAAGCUGGUGUUCAUUGGUGACACUCUGUCACGCCAGGCCAAGUCUCCUGAUGUGAGGGCCCGGGUGGCCCAGAGCAGCAACACCCUCUGUGAAAAACUCAAAGACAUUGUGAUCAGCACAAAGACGGCAGCACUCCAGUAUCCUUCCCCUGGAGCAGCCAGAGAGAUGAAUGAGAGGGUGAGGGAGUUGGCAGGCUGUACACAGCAGUUCAAGAUGGUGCUGGGGCAGCUGCUGGUGAUGUAGGUGGGGGCGAGGGGGGGUGAGGAAAAGAAACCAAACAGUGACACAAACUGAGAUGUCCCAGAAAUGCAGGGCAGUGAAUCCUCACUGUCACAAGGGGUGGAAAACCCUGCACGCCCCUGCAGUACAGGGUAGGAGGACCUGGAGCCUCAUGGAGCACAGAGUGCUGUGGGAAACCCUGUACACCCUUCCAUUGUGAGGUUGGAGACCCCACAUCCAGCCUCUGCUCCCUCCCUACCUCACCUUCCACUGGGACCAUUCUUCCCUCAUCCCUCCUUCCUCUGCGUGCUUUUUAUUCUAGACACACUAAAAGGAACAUUUUAUCUUCAGUGGGCUGGGCCAAUGGUUGUAAAAUAAUCAUUGUAAAUAUUUAAGUUACCUAUUUAGUCAGAAAAGCAGACAGAAAAAAAGAACUUCCAGUAUAUAAAUAUAAAUAUAUGGUUCUUUUUUUGAAGAAAGAAAAGAUGAAAACAUAAGUGUAGUUUUUAGACAAUAUCAAUAAUUGUUAUUAUUAUUGCUAUACCGUAUAAUUCUGGCUCUGAUUCUUGAUCCUUGUAUCAUUAUUGUUAUGGAUGUGUAAAUUCCAGAUGAUAUGUAUGACUGUAUGUUGUAGUACAUCUAUGCUCUUCUUCAUCCCUGACAAAGGCACACUUUCCAAAAAGCACUGGAGCACACACCCACAUUUAAACUUCACCAGAUGACAUGUUGCCUGUGUGUUGGAGCAGUAUGUUACACAGCAGAGUGGCUCAGUAAUCCACACUGAUGUCAGUCCACUGGUGCAGGCAACACUGCUGCCAUGAGAUGUCCACAGAACUGUACAGUUCCAGUCCUGCAGUUAUUAAAGAUGAUUUCAGUGCCAUCUCAGUUGCUUUUUUGGAAAACUAUAUGUAGGUUGUUUUGUAAGAGGCAUGUAUUAGAGAAAAGGAGUGUAAAAGAUUCAAAAUUAGAAAUGACAUUAAACCUGCUUUUCUUCCUUUCUCUGACA